AUGUAUUCAAAAGCAGAUUCAACUUAUUGUUCAAGUGCAUUAAAUAAUUUAUUACAAUCAUCUGGUGGUAUUAAUAUUUAUGAUUAUAGAUUAAUUGGUACAUAUAGUAUUUUAUCAAAAUUAGAAAGUUAUUUAAAUAUGGAAAGUGUUAAAAAUGUUUUAUUAGGAAAUUUAAAUAAGGAUGAUUAUUUAUAUACUCAAUGUAGUUCUAAAUUAUGGAAUGAUUUUAAAAAUGAUUUUCAAGUUGAUUAUGUUAAUUAUUUAAUUCCAUUAUUAUCUAAAUAUAGAAUUUUAAUUAUAAAUGGUCAAUUUGAUAUUAGAUGUUCUGUUUAUGGUACAAAUGAAUAUUUAAGAUUAAUGAAUUGGUAUGGUAAACAAGAUUUUAAUUAUGAACCACAUUAUCCUUUUUAUUCUUCUUCUAUUUCUAAUAAUAAUAAUAAUAAUAUAAAUGGUAAUACUAAUAAUAAUAAUAAUAUAAUUUUAGGAAUAUUUAAAAAAUAUGAAAAUCUAAGACAAGUAAUUUUAUAUUCAAGUGGACAUUUAUCACCACAUGAUGUACCAUAUGCUUCAUUUGAAAUGAUUUCAAGAUUUUUAUAUAAAAAAUCAUUUUGUAAUUAUACAAAUAUGGAAAGUGAAACAUCAACAAUUGAAUGUAAUGAUUUUAAAAUUGAUUAUCAAACAAAUACAAUGAAAUGUCCAAAUCAAUGUUCAAAUCAUGGUAAAUGUUUAAUUAAUUCUAAAUGUGAAUGUGAAUUAGGUUAUUAUGGAAAUGAUUGUUCUAUAAUUAGAAAUGAUAUUACAUUUGGUAAACAAGCUAUUUAUAAUAAUAAUUUAAUAUUUGGUAAUAAUUAUCAUUUAUAUAAUUUAUUAAUUCCAUUUGAUAAUUCAAUUGGUUUAUUUGAUAUUCGUUUAAUUUUAACUAAAACUUCCAAAUUAGGAAAAUUACAUUUAUAUUUACAACCAAAUAAUGAAACAUUUUUAAAUAUUACAAAUAAUUUUAAUGAUAAUUUUAAAAAUAUUUUUAAUUAUUAUGAUUUGGAAGAUGUUAAUGAAAAAACUUUACAAAUUUCAAAUUUAAAUAGAAAUUCAACACAUUCACUUACUAUAAUUGUAUUAAAUACUGUUGAUACUGAAUCUAAUUAUAAUUUAAUUGUUGAAACUAUUGUAAGUGGUAAAAAAUUAGAUCCACUUUUAGUUUUAUCAAUCAUUUUAUUUUCAUUUCUAGUCAUUGUUAGUAUUGCUUUAUUUGGAAUUUAUAUAAUACAAUAUUAUAAUGAUAGAAAAUUAUUACAAAAUAUUAAAUAUGAACUAGUACCAAAUCAAUAA